AUGGGGUGUCUGUCUGAUGUGCACCGUUUGAGUCUACCUGACAGUGUGGCAAACCAGGCCUCAAAAGCAGACCUCAUGUGGAAGGUCAAGUACUCCUUGUCGGGAUACGAUUUGAAGUAUCUGGGGGACACGCAACAGGACGCACACGAGUUACUUGUGAACAUGCUGUGCCAGCUGAAGGAGGAGGGCAUGAUACUGAAGACACUCGGGGUGAACUAUACCUGCCCUGUUUCCCAGCUGGAGUUCCAGCUUGUGUCGGUGCGCACAUGUACCAGCUGUGGGCGCGAGUCGUCCACCAGAGAGGACUACAACCACCUCUCAUUGGACUUCAGCCCUGAGCGCACCUUGCUGAGCAGCCUAGCACUCACUUUCAAAGGUGAAAAGGUUGAAUUCACAUGUGAGGGUUGUAAAGGUCUCCAUGCCUUAAAGGUGGAGCAGUUCCACACACUGCCUCUUGUGCUGGUUCUGCAUCUGAAGAGGUUUGGAGGACCUGGGGGGUUGGAGAAGCUGGAGGCUCCUCUUUUGUUUCCUUCGGAGCUGAGGCUCUCCACCCUCUGUGGGGACAUGGUGCCACACCUGCACAGUAACAGCCCACAGGCCCUCACCUACCAGGCCCCCAGCACCCAGGGGUCCAUCCCCCAGACCCUCGCCAGCCUAGUCUCCAGCCCACCUGUUGAGGCCAAAGACAGCGCCCUCUGCUGUUCAGAAGCAGCAGCCAGUGCAGUCAGUGAAUGGUUACUACCAGCUGACUGGSGUAGUCUCUCAUUUGGGAGGCUCCGCAAACUCCGGGCACUACAUUAGUGACAUCUUGCAUGCCAGUGGAAACUGGUUCUGCUGUAACGACAGCCAGGUGUUAAUGUCCAAUGAAGCCACUGUGCUGAGGACCAGAGCCCGGAGUGCCUACAUGCUCUUCUAUAUGUUCAGGUACUGCUUACUCUCGCCAUCUAUAUUCUUGUGUUGCUAUUUAUGUGUACGGCUCCUUUCACCCUACAGGGCAAGAGAGCAGGAGGCCCCAGCACACAGGGCCUAACAGGGCCACCAGCACCAGCCCCAGCCUAAACAGGGGCAGCACCUGGACAGCCUCCAAACACUCAGACCUGCCUCAACAGUGGUAGUACCAGGCCCAGUCUCAAAACCCCAACCCAGCCUCAACACUCACACACCUGCCUCGAAAGGGGCAGAACUGGGCCCAACAUCAACAACCCCGAGC